AUGAAUGGUCGCGAUGGAGAGAGCAUAAAAACAGAUCUUGAUAAAGAGACUAAUGGUAAUGAUAGAAGCGAUAUAGUCACGCUUCAGUUGCUACCGGAGAAGGAUAGAGAUCUAAGAAGUAAUGAAGAUCAAGAUGGUGAGGAUGGUUCGCUCGUAGGGCUGCCGUCAUCGUUAGAUCGAACGGUGAUGGAGUCGUGGUUGACGGUGGAGUGUGUUAGUGACACGUGUACUGACUUGGGAGGGUAUAACAUCCUGGAGCUAGGUAAAAUGGGUCAGGCAGAGGAGAGAGUAAUGAAGAUGUUAGAGGUUGACACGUGUCCUUGGUUAGUUUCGGAUGAGUGGAACCGGGUCUAUUGGAUAAACCGGGCGUACCGGAGAAUGAUGGGAGAUCCGGAUGCGGAGAUGAAUAUCAAAGUGUGGUUGGUGGUGGCGAUGGAGCUUAUGGAGGAGAUGGCGUGCAUGGUGGAGUUAUACGGUGUGGUGACAUGCAGGGUAAGGGUUCGUUAUGAGCCGUCCACUUGGAGGAAGGAGAAAGGUAAAUCGGAGUCGGAGGUUAAGAUGACGGUGCCGUGUGAUGUAUGGAGGACGGGAUCAGGUGGGUUUGCUUGGAGGUUAGAUGUUGAAUCAGCUCUAAGACUCGGCAGGACUUGGGACUAG